AUGAACUAAAGUGUUAUACAUUUCAAUGAAGAAAAACUUGAGGACACCUAUAUUUAGUUAGAAUUAAAGAAAACUACUAAUGAAUAUAUGGUAAUUUGAAUUAAUUUAAUAGAUAGGAAUUCAAAUGUAGAAGGACAACUAAUGAUUACAAUUAUAUUAUAAGAAGAUUCACUAAACAUAAUAUUAAUAAUGAGAGAUUUUUGAAAUUGAGGAAAAUUAAAUUGUACAACAUUUUACCUGCAUUGGAUUUAUAUUUAAAAGAAAAUUCAAUGGCCAGUCCAGAUUAUUAAGAAUACUCUUUAGAAAAUAAUUUAGAACAUAUGGAUAAUAAUGAGAAAGUAUUUGUUGCUUCAUUAGUUGGAAUAAGUAUAUAUGAUUAUGAAUUUAUAUAGCAUUGUAGGAAUUAUGUAAGAGAAAAUUACCAUUCUUAAUUUAACCAGAUAAAGUCAUUAUUAUUGGUAAACAUGUUUGCUUUUAAUAAAUUGACUUUUAAUUUGAUAGAAUAAUUACUCCAGAAGAAUCGUUUUAGAGUUUUAUAGAUUUAGGUAUACAUUAUUUUUUUAAUUUAAUUUUUAGUUUUUUGGAUGGGAUUAGAAUGUAAUGGUGAUGAUUUUUAAGAAACUAUUGAUUAUUUUUUAGUAUAAUAGGAUGUUAAUAUUGGUUUAACUGAAAGUUUACCUUAUGUUGAAAUAUUACAAUAAAUAUUUUAAUUUGCAAAUGAUUAAAGUAUGGUUGAUGAUAAAGCUAAUUCAUUUGUUUAUGUAUUCGAUACUCCAGAUUUCUUAAAAACUAUUCCUGGAAUAAGUAAUAGAACUGUAAUGAAAUCUGCAAAAUUAGAUAUUGCAGAUAAUAAAGAUUAUUUAAUAUUAUGUUCAUAAAGAGAAUUAGAAAUUAUGGAAAACUUUAGAAAAUAUGAACCUUUUGCUUAUUAUUUUGCAUAUUUUAGAAUUCAGGAUUAAUUAUAUUUAUUUAUGGAAUUGUAUCCUACUGAUUUAUCUAAAACAUUUGAAAAUUCUGAAAUUUAUGAUAGAAAUGUUAAAGAUCUAUGUUGUUAAUUAGCUUUUGGUAUCUCAUUAUAUAUAUAUAUUAGCUAUUCGUUAAUUACAUAAACAUAGAAUCUUACAUAGAGAUCUUAAACCUGCCAAUCUAUUCUUAAGUCAUGAAGAUCUUGAUAGAGCAUAAUUGAAAAUUGCAGACUUUGAUCAUUCUACUACCAUAGAAGAUACUCCUGAAUAGUGUAAUUAAAUUCUUACUGGUCUUACAUCAUCUACUAAUUAUGAACCACCUGAAACUGGUUAAUCUAAUUAUACUUAUACUUCAGAUAUUUGGUAGAUUGGAAUGAUAUGUAAUUAUUUUUAUUAUAUUUUUUCUUAGUUUAUUAAAUAGCUAAUUAAGGAAUAUAUCCAGUAGAACAUUCUUCACUCUUUUGGACUGAAGAUAGAUAUAAAGAAGAAUGUACAUAUGAAAAAAUUAAAUAAACUUUGGCUGAUAAGAAUAUAGAAGAUGAUUUUAUUAAAUUAAUAGCAGAUUGUCUAUCUUUUAAUCCUUAAAAUAGACCAAAUGCUGAUACACUUAUUACUCGUUUAGAAUAAUGUUUUGAAGACUUUGUAUUUGAUAAUGAAGAAACCUUAUAAAGCACACAUUAGAUUAAUUUAAUAGAAUCAUUUGGUCAAUUAUUAUCUAAAUCCUAGCCAUUAAAAUUUACAAAAAGUGGAAAUAUAUGA